ACUCCAGCCUCCAAAGAGACGUAGUAAUUUUCCACCACAAGUUGCUGGUGACAUUCUACCUGUUAAAUCAAUCAUACAAGGAGAUGUAAAUAUGUAAUCAAGAUCAUCAUAAUUCCAAAUCUUGAAUCAAUAUAAAUCCUUUGUUGCGCUUUCUAAGGAGAAAAGGCCCGAAAUGAAACGAAAAUUUCCCUUCAAACAAAACCAGAUGAACUGCAAGUUUCAACAGGAGGAGGAAGGCUAUUACUAAACCGGUGUAUAUAUGACGACCUCUGGAAUUGGUGAUGACGUCCGAGUAUCAGUCCAGAUCUCUUCUCCUGGGAACGGCAAGAAUGACAAAACUAAUCUGCCAACUAGUUCUUUCCGUAAAUUUUUGCGGGCGAUGCUUCAUUUGCUGAGGGAAGAAAAGGAAGUGAACUUGACAUCAAAUCGUUCAUUACCAAAAUCGGAAUUUCAUAUCGGUCUUGAUGGAAAGCUUUGUCAGAACAAGGAAGCUGCGAGAAAAGCUUACAAAAAUUACUUUGGCGGCGAUCAGUGUCAUCAUCCUCAAUGUUGGAUGAACAAAACUAAAGACAGGUUAAUUGAGGUGCUACUUAUGGUGUCUUCCUUCCUGUUAUCAUUUUGCACGGCUGGCGCCUUCUACUUCACUGAAGCGCUUACGAUUGCUGGAAGCCAUGGUCCAGUUCUCAAACACAGCUUGGCCGCGUUCAAUAGGGUAUUCACCGCUUCUUUCGUCUGCAACUUUUUGGGUGUAUUGAUAUGUCUUAUUCUACAAUAUCGCCGUGAAUACCAUCGGUACAAGAAGUUUAUCCUUAUCAUCAGCAAUACAGCGUCAUUUCUUUUUAUGGUACUUGGUUAUGGCUUCGUGAUCACUUUCAACAUCCAACAUGGUUGAGCCAACCAGUGUUAAACUUGGAUAUAGUGCUGUGAAGUUUGUUGCCCCCGUCAAACCACUCUUCUAGUUUGUUUGUUUUCGGCUACAUGGCCUACAUUAGUUUUUUUUUUGUUUUAUUGGAAAUCAAUGCCAGUUUGUAUUUUCUUAUU